GUGUAACGUCAGACGCCGACAAAUUCGCCGCGUGUUUCAAAAGCAACAGGUUCCCGGUGGUAGUUCAACAUGGCGACUCGACCUGGUCCGGAUGAACGACACAAAUAGAAAGAUGUGUGGGGAUUUUUUUCUGCGCACGGAGACCAGGUGGAAGUUGUCAAGCAUAAAAGUACGCUCCUGAAACUGAAAGACAAAGAAUGGUCAUCCUGAAGAUCUUCAACACAGAUGGAGAACGCACACAUCAGCGAGUCAGUGGACGUUCUGUCCCACUUUGGCGUAACUGAGGAAACGGGCCUCACUCCUGAACAGGUCAAGAAGAACCUGGACAAGUAUGGCUACAACGAGCUUCCAGCAGAGGAGGGAAAGAGUAUCUGGGAGUUGGUGGCGGAACAGUUUGAGGACCUGUUAGUCAGAAUCUUACUCCUGGCAGCCUGCAUCUCCUUCGUCCUGGCUUGGUUUGAAGAAGGCGAGGAGACUGUCACUGCCUUUGUGGAGCCCUUCGUCAUCCUCCUCAUCCUCAUUGCAAAUGCUGUUGUUGGAGUGUGGCAGGAGCGAAAUGCAGAAAGUGCCAUUGAGGCUCUGAAGGAGUACGAGCCUGAGAUGGGGAAAGUGUACAGGGCAGACAGGAAGAGUGUGCAGAGAAUCAAGGCCAGGGAGAUCGUUCCUGGUGACGUGGUGGAGGUUUCAGUUGGCGACAAAGUUCCAGCCGACAUCAGGAUCAUCUCCAUCAAGUCCACCACCCUGCGUGUGGACCAGUCCAUCCUCACUGGUGAGUCCGUCAGUGUGAUCAAACACACUGACGCCGUGCCGGACCCCCGCGCUGUCAACCAGGACAAGAAGAACAUGCUGUUUUCUGGAACCAACAUCGCUGCUGGAAAAGCCACUGGUAUCGCCGUGGCCACCGGGGUGUCCACUGAGAUCGGUAAGAUCCGUGACCAGAUGGCUGCCACCGAGCAGGAGAAGACGCCCCUGCAGCAGAAACUGGACGAGUUUGGAGAGCAGCUCUCUAAGGUCAUCUCCCUCAUCUGUGUGGCCGUCUGGAUAAUCAACAUUGGCCACUUCAAUGACCCGGUCCAUGGAGGCUCCUGGUUCCGUGGUGCCAUCUACUAUUUCAAGAUCGCCGUGGCCCUGGCUGUGGCUGCCAUUCCUGAAGGUCUGCCGGCUGUCAUCACCACCUGCCUGGCUCUGGGAACACGCCGCAUGGCAAAGAAAAACGCCAUCGUCAGAAGCCUGCCCUCUGUGGAGACUCUGGGUUGCACCUCCGUCAUCUGCUCAGACAAGACCGGUACCCUCACCACCAACCAAAUGUGUGUAACCAAGAUGUUCGUCAUUGAUAAAAUGGAUGGUGACAACGUUUCCCUGGGUCAGUUUGACAUCUCAGGCUCCAAGUACACUCCGGAGGGAGAAGUUACAAAGAACGGUUCGUCUGUGAGGUGUGGUCAGUACGAUGGACUGGUGGAGCUGGCGACCAUCUGCGCUCUGUGCAAUGACUCUUCUCUGGACUACAACGAGUCCAAAGGUAUUUAUGAGAAAGUGGGCGAAGCUACAGAAACAGCUCUGUGCUGUUUGGUGGAGAAGAUGAACGUGUUCAGCACUGAGGUGCGAGGACUGUCCAAAGUGGAAAGGGCGAACACGUGCUGCAACGUGAUCAAACAGCUAAUGAGGAAAGAGUUCACCCUGGAGUUCUCCAGAGACAGGAAGUCAAUGUCCGUCUACUGCUCACCUGCCAAGUCUCCCAAAGCUUCUGUCGGGAACAAGAUGUUUGUCAAGGGAGCUCCAGAGGGCGUCAUCGACCGUUGUACCUACGUCAGAGUUGGCACCACCCGUGUGCCUUUAACUGCACAGGUCAAAGACCACAUCAUGUCAGUCAUCAAGGAGUGGGGGACGGGGCGUGACACUCUGCGCUGCUUGGCUCUGGCCACCUGCGAUAGUCCCCUGAAGAAGGAGGAGAUGAAACUGGAAGACUCCACCAAGUUUGCAGACUAUGAGACCGACAUGACGUUUGUGGGCUGUGUGGGCAUGCUUGACCCUCCUCGAAAGGAAGUGAGCAGUUCCAUUGAGCUGUGCAGAGCUGCCGGCAUCAGAGUCAUCAUGAUUACUGGUGACAACAAGGGUACCGCUGUGGCCAUCUGCCGCCGCAUCGGCAUCUUCAGUGAGGACGAGGAUGUCACCAGUAAAGCCUUCACCGGUCGCGAGUUUGACGACCUCUCUCUGUGCGAUCAAAAGAACGCCGUCAGAAAAGGCUGCUGCUUCGCCAGAGUUGAACCGUCCCACAAAUCAAAGAUCGUUGAGUUCCUGCAGGGCUUUGACGAGAUCACGGCCAUGACUGGAGAUGGAGUGAACGAUGCCCCUGCCUUGAAAAAGGCGGAGAUUGGCAUCGCCAUGGGCUCUGGCACUGCCGUUGCCAAGUCUGCCUCUGAGAUGGUCCUGGCUGACGACAACUUUUCUUCUAUUGUGUCUGCUGUUGAGGAGGGCAGAGCCAUUUACAACAACAUGAAGCAGUUCAUCCGCUACCUCAUCUCCUCCAAUGUUGGCGAGGUCGUGUGUAUCUUCCUCACGGCUGCCCUUGGUCUGCCCGAGGCUCUGAUCCCUGUCCAGCUGCUGUGGGUCAACCUUGUGACUGACGGUCUUCCUGCAACUGCACUGGGCUUCAACCCCCCAGACCUGGACAUCAUGGGCAAAGCUCCACGCUCCCCCAAGGAACCGCUCAUUUCCGGCUGGCUCUUCUUCAGAUAUCUGGCCAUUGGAGGUUAUGUCGGUGCUGCCACUGUAGCAGCUGCCGCCUGGUGGUUCCUGUACUGUGAUGAAGGACCAAUGGUCACCUUCUACCAACUGUCCCACUUUAUGCAGUGCAGCGAAGACAAUGAAGAUUUUGAGGGCAUACACUGUGAGGUGUUUGAGGCUGCCCCCCCCAUGACCAUGGCUCUGUCUGUGUUGGUCACCAUUGAGAUGUGCAACGCUCUUAACAGCUUGUCUGAGAACCAGUCUCUGGUUCGCAUGCCCCCCUGGAGCAACUGCUGGCUGAUGGCUGCCAUGACCCUCUCCAUGUCCCUUCACUUCAUGAUCAUCUACGUCGACCCCCUGCCCAUGAUCUUCAAACUCACUCACUUGAACGUGGAGCAGUGGUUGAUGGUGCUGAAGCUCUCCAUCCCUGUCAUCCUCCUGGAUGAGCUUCUCAAGUUUGUGGCUCGUACUUAUCUGGAGGCCUAAACAACUCCCUCCCCCUCUGUCUUACCCCUGUAACAAAACCAGGAAAAGGUCUGUUUGUCCUGCAGGAAAAGUCUAGAGGUGAAAUUUAAAUGAGGGACAAAGAGAAGCACAGAGACAAAAAAGGAUGGAGGGAAAAAAGGUGGAGCACUUCCACUGACGGCAAGUCGGCCGUCACUCAUCUGAUGUCAUUAACCACCACCAGUGGCCUUAAUAUGUGCGCAAACACAUAAGCCAUCUGAAAAUACAACAAAAAAAGCUGCAAAUUUUUUUUCUGUGUAUGUACUGAAAUUAAUAUAAUAUAUAGGUUAAAGUUAUUAAAACUAUUCUGUGUUGAUGCUAUUCUUAAAGAAUAAAGGUACUGUAUGUAUUAAAAGAGACGUCAGCGUCAGUGGUAAAUUCCCUGUUAAUUAUUUUGUUUGAAUAGACCAUGUAUAAAUAUGGACGUAGUUUUCUGGUGUCAAAGUUUGUUAUUCAGUUUAGAGGAAAACAAGCACUAAAGCAAAACUUCGAAGCAUCCAAUAAAACUCUGCUCAUGGACUGUUAUUGGAUGAUUUAAGCAAAUGACCUACAACAAUUGCCUAGAAUUUACUGGAAAGUCCAGCUGUCAAUCACAGGUCUCGAAUUUUGCUUUAUCGUCUAUUUUCCUCUGAAUAGGAUCAUAAUUUAAAAGAUUGCCGUCACUGUCAACUUACUGUGGGGACUCUUAGAUUUAACAAUAAAAAACUGAAAGGUGAUUAAAAACGUCAACGGUUGCCCAGCUUGUAUCCUAGUUGUUACAGAAUCUCAAAUCAGAAGGUUGCCAGUUUGAAUCCCAUGACCGACAAGACUGCGGUGUGUUGAACACCCACCAAAAACUCUGGUGCAGUAAAAUGAAGCCCACUGUUGCUGUGUGUCCAGUGUCACUUCCACGGGCUAAUUUUGUUGUGUGUAACAAUCUGUACAAUGACAAAUGAAUAAAGCUAUUGACAGUUAUGCUUGGGUGAAAUGAAGUAUAUGCACAAGUCAGGUAUCAAAUGAUGCAGAAGGGUGUUGGACCUAUGGCAGGUCAGAUACAUCUGGGUUAGUUUCUCGUUGUUUAAUUGGUCGUUUACGAAAAAAUAGCAGAGCCGUGAAGAAUUAAUGUUAAAUGACUCUGUAAUUAACAUGUUUGUGUUGGUUCUUGUUUAUCCAUCUUCAUCUAGACAAAUUUACAACCAAGUAACUUCAUUGUUUUUUUUUCAAAGUUUGUCCUUGAAGAAAACAGACCUUAGCGUUUGGGUAAGAAAUGUCAGCCGUAAACACAAACAUGACCAGUUGUCUGCUACUAAACCUUCGACAAUAGUCAUCCGGUAUAUAACAGUUCCUGCUUAAGAAAAAAA